CGGAAAUGAGCAAUAACAGCACAUAAGAAGCAAAUUAAAGAAUCUCACCUUCAAUAGAUCAUAAGCCAUAUAGUGAAACUACUCAAUGUAAUUAGUAAUUUGAAUGAUAGAUAUCACUGAUAAUGUGAAACAGAAAUAUGAUGAAUUCAAUAAGAAAUUCUAAGAACCUUAGGUUUAGGAGAAAUGGGGAUAAGCAAAGCAUAUACUGUUUGAAAGAACAAAGGAAUUUGGAGUAAUAAAUUUUGUAAAUGUAGUUUCUUACCUUUGAUUAUUGCAUUAAGACCUUUGAAAUUACUAAAACAACUGUCACAGAUUUAUAUGGAGUUUACAAAAAAUGA